AUGCAUAUACGGCUGUGUUUGUUCUGCAGGUCCCGUUUGGCCCAGUUUCAGUACGACUGCCAGCCUGAAGAGCAGUCUGCCACCGGCUGCAAACAGGGAAACUACGCCGCAUGUCUUAUUGCUUACACUGGACUGAUAGGCAGUCCAAUCACCCCAAACUACGUGGACAACUCCACAUCCAGCGUGUCUCCCUGGUGCUCAUGUUCAGCCAGCGGGAAUCUGAGAGAUCAGUGCACUGAGUUCCUGAACUAUUUCACCGACAACCCCUGUCUCAGGAAUGCUCUCCUGACGUUUGGGAAUGGAAUGGACUUCACGCCCACUCCCACCCGACUGCUGCAGUUAAGCCCUGUGACGGACCGAGGGCCAUGGAGGAUGACUGUGUUUGUCACCAUGGAGACUGAACAGAACGCUCUGAGCCCAGCCAAACCCACACAGAUUUUCUCACAGAUCGACCACGGAGAGUUUUCAUGA